AUGGGACUUUGCACGGACUUUGAAUCCGGAUUUGGCCGUGUGACUUGCUUUGGCCAGUGGGACAGCGAGUAUAGUGCAAGCGGAGGCCGGAACAGAGGCCAUGAGUUCCCUGAUGACCGUCUGAGUCUGCUGCACCUGCAGGGUGGCCCAGCGCGCCCCUCCAGUUCCCUGGGACCCAACCCAGGCCCAGUGGCCGUGCUGUCCACCUUCCACAAGGCAACCGCAGCCAGCCUUGGAACCUCGGGGGGCCCAGCAGCCGCGCGGCCGAGUCCGCAGCGACCCCCGCGCUCAGCGCCGACGGCGGCCGCGCUCCUCCGGCGCGAGCCCCGGGACCCCGCGCAGACCCGCCCGGACCCCGACGCCGACUCUGGGGGCCUGUUCGACGAGCCGCCCCCGGAAGAGCCCCCCGCGGCCCGCGCGCCCCGGUCGGCGUCGGCCGCGGGCAGAUGGGCUGGUCGGCGCGCCGGGAGGGAGGGCGCGGGGGGCCCGCGCGGGGCAGCCCCCCAGGGCCGAGACGCGCGCCCCCCCCCCCCGGACGAGGGCUGCUGCCUGGACCAUUGCCCGCACCUGUCGGUCUUCGUCUACACGGCCAUCGCCUUCUCCAUCACCUCCUGCUUCUUCAGCUAGGUGCACCUGCCGCCGUCCCGAGGGCCCGGGCGCGGGCGGGGAGACCACGGGCGCGGCCUUUCGUGUCCGGGACGCGCGCCGCACCCCCUCCUCUGGCUUCUCACGCUUGUUACUUUGUCCCCUGCUCGCCGCCGCCUCUGUGUGACCGCGCGUCCGCGGGCGCGUCCAGAGCCGCUGCCCUGA